UCACCACCACCAAUUCAUCACCAAUUCCCCAAAUUCACCGCCAUCACAUCCAUCAAUUCUCCACCAAUUCACCAUCAAUUCACCACCACCACCACAUCCAUCAAUUCCCCAUCAAUCCACCACCCUCGCAUCCCACCGCCACCACGACCUCGCCCGGGCGGAAAUUGGGUGACUUCAGUACAGCGUCCAUCGCACAGGACGGACGGACGUCUGUAUGUAUGUAUGUAUGUAUGUAUGUACACAUGGGCCUCGCUGGCAAUCCUGCGCGCACACACGACACGCAUGUGCAUGCAUGGUCCCGGCCUGUCCACCGAGCGUCCUCCGCGUCACAGUCGGCGGUGGUGCUGUGGACUCGGGCUUAGCUGCACCGGGCGGCAGAGCAGCAGAGCGGAGGUCGCCCUCACGCCAGCUGCGGUUUCAUUGCCAUGAAACCGCAGCAAUAAUGUACUGUAAUCGAUUGAACGAAGCAUUGUAGCUG